AUGCCUGUCACGAAUUUCAAUCAGCCCGAUCCAUACACUUACCAAACUGGCUUCGACUCCUACCAUGAGUCUGAGGCCAUUGAGGGUGCCCUUCCGGUCGGACAGAACUCUCCCCAAAAGGCUCCCUACGGCUUGUACGCCGAGAAGCUAUCCGGGACCGCAUUCACAGCACCCCGCCAUGAGAACAAGCAAACAUGGGUCUACCGUAUCCUUCCAGCAGCGGCCCAUGAGAACUUUGUAGCUGAAGAUGAGGGCUCUUAUCACCUCCGCAUGACUACGGAGUCGUCCAAAGUGCACCAUAUCCCAAAUCAGCUACGGUGGAAUCCUUUUGAUUUAGAUGAGAAGGUCGAUUGGGUGCAUGGCUUACAUCUGAUUGCCGGAGCAGGAGACCCAACUCUGAAGCAGGGCUUGGGGAUCUUGCUCUACGCUGCUGGCAAGGACAUGGGGAAAGAAGCAUUCUACUCGGCUGAUGGAGAUUUCUUAAUUGUUCCCCAGCACGGUACACUCGAUAUCCAGACAGAGCUUGGUCGGAUUUUCUUGCGCCCAAAUGAAAUUUGCGUCAUUCCCCGAGGGGUCCGUUAUCGAGUGACUCUUCCCGAUGGCCCUGUCCGUGGAUACAUCUGCGAACUUUACCAGGGCCAUUUCCAACUCCCAGAACUAGGACCCAUUGGCUCCAAUUGCCUCGCCAAUGCUCGUGAUUUCCAAGCCCCUGUCGCAUCUUUCGACGAUGAGGAAGAGCCAACCGAAUAUAAGCUUUUCAGCAAAUUUAACAACUCACUCUUCUCUGCUCGCCAGAAUCAUACUCCAUUCGAUAUCGUCGCUUGGCACGGCAAUUAUUACCCUUACAAGUACGACCUUGGUCGCUUCAAUACCAUCGGAUCAAUCUCUUUCGAUCACCCGGAUCCCUCUAUCUUUACUGUUUUGACAGGACCCUCUGAUCACGUUGGAACCGCUAUUGCCGAUUUUGUCAUUUUCCCACCUCGCUGGCUAGUAGCUGAGAACACUUUCCGCCCUCCAUGGUACCACCGAAACACCAUGUCUGAAUUCAUGGGGCUCAUUUCUGGGAAUUACGAUGCAAAGACCGGCGGUGGAUUCCAGCCCGCUGGUGCCAGUUUGCAUAACGUUAUGAGUGCCCAUGGCCCGGACUCAUCGGCAUUCGAAGGAGCAAGCAACGCAGAGCUUAAGCCCACCAAGGUCGGCGACGGUAGCAUGGCUUUUAUGUUUGAAAGUUCCCUCAUGGUGGGUGUCUCGGAGUGGGGACUCAAGACAUGCCAGAAGGUGCAGGCGGAAUAUAACGACCAUAGUUGGACCCCUUUGAAGCGCCACUUCAAGAAUCCCAACAAGGCGUGA